AUGAAUACAGAGAUUCCAUGGUACUGCACAGUCGCUGAAGGCAGGAGGGAAGUGCUGUGCAGCGUAUCGGGUCAAUUGCAGGCUUUUCUCGCCAGUCCAGACUCAAUCUUGACUGCACUCGCCCUCAUUCGCACAUCCGAGUGGAUGGAUUGCACAUGCAUGGCUGGGAAGGCGUGGUGUACCGCGAUUCUGGGUUGGGAAGGAACAUGCCUCACAGAUAAUGGCCGCGGCCCUGCUUCCGCACCUACUGUGUUUUGUUCUUCAAUUGUCGACUGUCUUGUUGCCCAUUCUCUUUUCUCUCUCCCAAUCUUUGCGCCGACACCGAGCUACGGCUGGCCGCAUACCGGCAGAGAGAAUACUCACUUGGGCUCGCUCCGAGACGCGAUGCCUUGGACGCUUGCCAUGUCACGUCUUGGCUCGCAGCAGCAGAAUCAAUUGGUGCUGCAGCCCCUCGUCUCUAUGACGCCGCUGGCCGCCACACGAGGGAACAAUCUGCAGAGAGAGUAUCAAUACACAGUACCUCUGCCAAGCACCCAUGGCACGUCUCCGCUUGCAAGGCCAUCGUUAGCACAUUGGCACAGUCAUCGGCUGCAGGAGGGAGGAGACUCGGAGCAAUUGGAUAAGCUACCAUCGUUGCUUCCUUCAGGGUCCCGUCCCCUCCUCCAGUCCGACAACGGCCAGAAUGAUGUGGAUUGCGCAUGUAUUGGCAAAGAUAACGGUCGUCUGCGCCUGGAGCCUCUGGAGGUGACUUCAGAUGUCUGCCAAGUCUUGUCUCCCUCCUUCCCUCCACCCAAUGAUGCUCCUGCAGCACCAAAUGCUGUUUCGCUGCCGUUUCUGUAUGAGGUGCAGCUAGAGGGCAGGCAUGCCGCAUCUUGGGCCCACCUUGCCCAUUCUCUCCUUCCCCUCCCUAUCGAUUCGCAAGAGCAACAAGUUGAUGUUCAGGUUGUCAGGGGAGGUGCGGUACGGUACUACGGAGACCUACCCCUGGCCCUGCCGCACUGCGGUCCUGCCUGCCCAGGUGGACUUCCUGCCCUUGCUUCCGAAUCCCCGUUGCUGCACCUGCCGCCUGCGAUACGGGGUGGGAAGCCUCUCCCACUCAUCUUAGGCAAUUCCUGCUUUUCUCGGCCAUUCCUGCCUUCUACGGUCUUCUCUCCACCUCCAUGCACUUUUGAACCGAAGCGGCCGUGGAUCACUUCAGUUGUCUCCAUCUCCAACACCCUUUCGCUUUCUGAUUCUAAGUACCCAUACGACUAUAUCCGCAACCAGGGAUUGCCUCGACUACACCGUGACUACUCUCGGAUCGUGAUAGUCUGCGUUGUCUGCCUUCUUCGGCCCAAUCAACCCUGCCUAAUUGUACCCGGCAAAAAGCAGCACCAGAGCCGGCGGCGCCACGUCCCGCCCGUACUCGGAACGCUGUCGGAGCCCGCUAUUCUCUUGAGCCUUUGGAACCCGGCCGUGUUUGACAAAAGACAUUUACUAAAAGUCAGAGUCUUGACUGGGACCGACCGCUUCGGAGAAGAGGAAGGUUUUCCGCCCGCUCAGCACGCGUCCGGGCUCCUCGGUGCUUUCGCCAUUGCAACUGCGACUUUGCACAUUCGCUUGCAUGCAGCGCAGACGGCAACCCAGCAUUGCGACAUGACUGAGGAAGCAUCGUUGCUCGGCACAGAUAACAUGCCAGUCGGGGUUCCCCCAAUUCCCCCCUCAUCCCUGGCCGUCUCACUAUCGCGACAAGAUAGACUUCGUGUCACCGCUCUGCACUUUUGCUCCUCUUCUACUGGCUCGCCAUACCAACGAGCGCAGAUCGAGAUUGGUUCUAGUUCACGUACGACGAGUGGCUACGACUUCAACAUAUCCUCAUCCAUUGCCGUUAGGUCUGUAGACUUCUCCAUGCCGUUCGAUGUAUUCUUGUUUACGCCAAUGGCACGUUCCCAAAUUAUGAUACCGGCUGGAGCCACAAUGUUCGGAAAGACACUGGGACUCUUAUUCUGGAUGUCUCACGCGCGCCACAUCGCAAAAUUUCAUCGCCUGCAGCCAGUUUCAGCAUCCUUUGACGACUUCGUACCACACCUUUCUUUCCGUUGUAACUACAAGGCCCAAGCCUGUAAGUCGCUGAUCUACCUCAGUCUGAAUGCUGAGAAUCACAUCUCAACUAAUUUCAAAUAUCUGUCAGCAACAGUCCCUCUCUCUCUCUCCACCGGAAAUGCACUGCGAUGGAAUCUAUUGGCCUCCUCGGUCAUUGACCCCUCGCAUUCCCCAACGCAAAGAUCCCGUCAGUAUGCAUCACUUGGCAUGGCUACUUUUCUUCCUGUUGUAGACAAGCAAGCUGCCAAGCUGCAACUCGAUGCAUUCCCUUCCAGCGCUCGAGACGAUAGCCUGUCUUUACACACAUGCUGCAUUUUACUGCGUACGGUGAAUCCACCCAACUCUUUACUGGGACCAGGCGAAGGCUUUGAGUGCGGAUUGGAGCGGCAACAGAACGGCAUGUCUCGCCAUUUGCCCCUCUUGAUCGCCUACGGAUGGGCACUUUUCAGGGAUCUGAUGAACUGCCUCAUCAUCGGCUGCGAGAGACUGACUAGACCCAUCGAUAUCAAGAGGGUGAGGGUUCGAUCCAACUACCAACGGCCCCCAAAUCUCGACUAUGUGGGCUUUAGACCAUGCAAAGAGGAUUUCUUCGUGCAGUUGAGAACGGUCCCGGCCAUGUAA